AUGGGGCCCCUGGGCAGUAGGGGAUCAUGGGGCCCCUGUGUCCUUGACCACACUCAAAGCACACCCAAAAAAGCCUAUGACAUCCUGUCAGAAGGCACGGAACACACAGCCGCAAAACCAUCUGUCACUACACUGGUCCGCUGCCAGUGUCAUGUGACUACUGUGACCAGGGGCGGACUAACAACUCAUGGGGCCCCCGGGCAAUAGGGGAUCAUGGGGCCCCUGUGUCCUUGCCCAAACUCAAAAAAGCCUAUGAAAAAGGUACCAGGGGCAUCUCAUGAGGCCCCCUACUGACCCCGGGCCCUCGGGCAGUGCCCAAGUUUCCAAAUGGUCAGUCCGCCCCUGAC